UUAAAUCUCGUUGUAUCACACUGUUUGUACCUCAGCGGUCCUUUCACCAACGUUGAGACUCAAUAUUCAUAGUGGUCCUUUCACCACCGAGACCCGUCUUUUAGGUUCUACUCCUAACAGAUCGCACAUUGAUCAAUCGAUCAACGCUUGAGACUAUCAUCUAGGUCUCAGUACAGGCAUGGGAACUCGCGGAUACUACGUGCUCCGCUAUCGGAACAUUUAUUUCGCUCAAUACCACAAUUCUGAUAGCUAUCCAGAAGGGCUUGGCGUAAAUGUGCUCGAGACCAUGCAACAUCACAAUGCCAUCGCGACCUAUCGGCAGGUGUUGGGAGAGAUACUGGACGGGGUGCAAAGUCUAUCAGAUUCUCUCAUAAUCAUAGAAGGCGGUGAUGAUUUCUCGCCCCCAUCCCGGGUGCGACCUAAAAAUGACAUCUUCAUCGAAUGGAUCUAUGAAGUAGAUCUUGAUCGCAACAUCUUCCACAUAAACGGGAUGCCUUUUUUCUCCUUAGAAUGCCUUCCGUCGACGUAUGAUUUUACUGAGUACGUUUCCGAAGACCAUUACGGCAACCUAGCUUGCGCAUCACGAUGCCCCCCUGAGCACAGGUACAAGAGGCCAACACCACCGACCGUCAAUGAUUCUGGCAUCGCAACGUACCAAUCUUUUACGUGCACUGGAUCUCAUGUGGCUUUGAGCGACCUGCUCGCCAUUAGUGACUUCCCAUCUCCAGAUGAACGUAUUCGAAUCUCGUUGCUAGAGGUCAUGAUUGGGCAGUGCAUGGUUAGCCGAGCCAUUGCCAAGCACGUCUACGAUAUCGAGCUUUUAUUUGAUCACAGCCAACUCAUGGACGAUCAGUGGUCAAUUGCAUGCUUCAUGGCCAGCAUCACGUUUGUUCCUCAGAUAUACGACAAUAUCAGUCAUAUUUACCAUCUCGAGCCGAAAAGAAAAGAGUUCACAUGGGUUCGCGAAGACACUGUUGUCUGCAUCGCAACACAUCUUGACGACGAGCGAUGCUUACAGGCUUCUGUGUCACGCCUGAUCAAUGCGAUCAUGGAGCAGAAGCAUAAUCCUGGUGAAUACUUUGGAAUCGCGUUCUCCGUCUACCAUUGUGCAAUCGUCAAAGUCGUCAAAGACGCGCACACGACGACAUUCAGUCACACAAACGCCCUCCAGUUUCUACCAUCAUUCUACGCAUCUUCACCUUCUACGCCAGGUAUCACUGCCCUCGCUCGCCUUGGCUUUCGCAUCGACCCCGCACUCUUUGAGCGCGCUGUGGAGAUUUGCUACCACAAUCGUUUUCGUGAUAAAACGAGGAAAUUCGUUCAGGGAGUUGAUAGCAGUGAUGAUGUGCCAUCCAACACCACAUGUCCACCGCUGCCUUUUGAGCUUUGGAAAGAGAUCGCCCUCUAUCUCUAUUAUUAUGAGCUCACCCCCUUCGGAUUGGUUUCGAAACUAUUUCGUGAAGUAGCCUCGACGGUACUCCGCCAUCCCCACGUCUGUGGAUAUCGCCUGGUCGCUGAUUCCAGAACAAAAAAAAUCAAAGAUAAACGUCAUUCUUUGCGUGCUGCAACUUUUUCUGCUGUACGAGCUGGCAACAUUCCUGCUUCUGUGAUCGUUGGGUUGCAGUUCAAAGGCGAAGAACCACAGAGAAUAAACAUGCCGCUCACCGUUAAACAUGAAUCGCUUUGGGUGCUCUUUUCAGCCAUUGACGAGACGGUCCCGAAGACGGCUGAUAAAAAGCUCGUUGGAGAUGGACAAUUAAAUCCCUCGUAGUGUUUAGCACGACUAGGGGCUCUGAUGUCUUCAAUCCGGGUGCACACAUAGGUUCUUUUGACUCCCGUGUAGUUGAUGCUCCGUUACAAGUUAGACGAUAGAAAUUUCAACAGAAAAUUUAUCAACUCAAGUUCGCAAUGCCAUUUCUUUUUUGUUACAUA